AUGAAAAAACUCCAGGAAAUAAUACGUGAAUUUAUAAAUUUAAGGAGUAGAGUAAGAAGAAGGUAUAAGAAAAAAAAAGAGAAUGAAAAAAAUUGUGAUUCCAUUUACUCAAAUGAAAAAAAUUGUGAUUCCGUUUACUCAAAUGAAGAAACCUAUUAUUAUGAAAAGAGAAACUUGUAUAAUUUAUAUAAAAUAAUAAAAUGCUAUUACUAUCUACUGACUCGUAGUAUUAAACAUGAAAAGUGGAAAAGAAUAUAUAAAGAGGAAAAGAAACAUAAAAGAGAUAAGAAAAAGUGUAAUAAUAGGAAAACCUUUAUAGUAGAAGAAGAAAAGAAAAUCCUCCUAAAAAAAAGAAUACAAAAAGAAUAUGUCCAUAAAAUAAAAAAUUAUAUUAUAAUGAAUCGAAAUAUCCAUGCUUUCAAAUUUUUAUUGGAAGAAUAUGUUUAUAUGAACAAAUAUAAUGAUUUCAUUAAUGGGGAAAAAAUAGAAAUAAAAAUAAAAAAAAAAAGACGACAAAAACAAAAGAAAAGAAAAAGAAAUAUACGAAUUAGUAUGGAUAAAAAUGUCCUAUUUAAUAAAUUCAUUUCUUAUAUAAUACAAUUUAUAUAUAAUAUAUUAGAAAGGAAUAAUAUAACAAAUAAUAUCUGUUCAAAUAAUAUAACAAAUAAUAUCUGUUCAAAUAAUAUAUCAUACAAUAUGUGUUCAAAUAAUAUGACAAAUAAUAUGUGUUCAAAUAAUAAUUUUUCUUCUUUUUUUCAAAAGAUGCAAAUGAAUAAGUAUGAACUGUCAAAUGAUGGAAAUAAUAUGAAUAAUUCAAAUAAAUUAAGCAUCAUAAAUAAUAAAAAAAAAAAAAAAGUAAAAUAUCUAUUAUAUAAAAAUAAUAACCAUAUGCUUUAUAACGAUUUGAAUUCACCAUAUUAUUAUAAUUCAUUCAUAUUAAAAACUAUUGAUUCAAAUUUGUUGUAUGUAAUUGACAAUGAUUUUGAUUUAAUGAAGAUUUUAUUUUUUUUUCAAGUACCUCAUUUGUUUAUUAUGUACAUGUAUAUUAUAACAUGUAAUAAGAAUAAUAACCUUUGUAAUUAUUACGAUAAUAUUUAUCAUAAAAUAUAUAUGUCUCUUUUAUUAAAAAUAAUGAACGAAUUUUAUUCCUCAUUUAUAUUAACAUAUAAUGAAUUAGUAUCGAAUAAAAAAUUAAUUAUCCUUUUUAAAAUCUUUUCCAAUAUUUUAAAAAAAAAUCAUAUAUUGUUAUUUAAAUGGUUACGUUGUUAUAAACCAAUUUAUAAGUUGAAUGAACGUGAUAAAAAAAACAAGAAAGAAAAUGAGCCUAUUGAUAAUAACAUACAACAUUAUAUCAAACGUGUUGAUAAAAAGGAUGUUUUUUUUUUUUCGCAUCGUUUGGAAGGUACUACAUAUCCUUCAGAUAUCAAAAAGAUUAAAGAACAUGAAAAGACAAAACAAGAAGAUGUUUCAAAGAAAUAUAUUUCACAAGGUACAUAUUUAGUUGAUUAUGAAUAUGAAGAAAGAGAAAGUGUAUCGAAUGAUGAUAGAAAUAAAUUAAACAAGGUUAAAAAUGAAAAAGGAGAUAAAUAUAAAAUUAAGUGUAGAAAAGAAAUGGAGGGGUUUAAUUUAUUGCUACGUAAAAAAGAUGAAAUAAAAUUUGCAUUUUUAAAUGGUGGUUCUUUUUUAUAUGGAAACUUAUUUAAUUAUUUUAAAGGAAAUGAGGAAAAAAAAAAAGAAAUUGAAAGUACAACAUGUGAUGAUAGUAAUACGUGUCAUUAUGAAAGUAUGUGUGAUAAAGAUAAUGAUGAAGAUAAUGAUAAAGAUAAUGACAGUGACAUUCAUAGUAACCAUAAUAGUAACUAUUAUUAUAAUAAUUACAAUUAUAAUGGUGAUGACUCUUUUUAUCAUCACUAUGUUAAAGGUGAGAAUGAAAUUGACUGCAUUAAUUUUACUGUAAAUGUUAUAAAUAAUCAAGAGGAUAAUAUACGUUUUUAUAAAAGUUAUAUAAAAGAGCAUAUUGACAGUAUGUUCUUAAGUAAAUAUAAUUUGAAGGUAUCAAAAAAAUUCGGAAGCACCUUAAAUGAUGAGUCGAAGAAAAAAAAGAAACGAACAGAAGACAAGAAUAAUACAGGAAUUAAUAAUACAUCUAUAUUUGAUAAUUAUAAGGAACUUGUUCAAAAUUUUUUUUUAGUCAAGAAGGUUUUUUAA